AUCGAUCAAUCUCCAUUAUCCCUUUGUUUCUGCACAGAGGACUGCCUCCUCAGCUCCCUUCCACACAUAAUAUAUAGUCCAUAUCUUUCGUACAAACCUACCCUUCUCAUCUCUUUCUUUAGAUAUACGUAUACUCGAUCCACAUAUAAACAUAUAUUGAUCAUUCCCUAGCUAGGCCAGCUAGCUGUUCAAACAAAAUAAAAGAUCGAUUGAAGAACAAUGGGUAGAUCGCCUUGCUGUGAUAAAAAUGGGCUGAAGAGAGGUCCAUGGACUCCAGAGGAAGAUCUUCUGCUCACUCAAUACAUUCAAACUAAUGGACCCGGCAACUGGCGAACCCUUCCCAAGAAUGCUGGGCUCCAAAGAUGUGGGAAGAGCUGCCGGCUUCGAUGGACGAACUACCUCAGACCAGAUAUCAAGAGGGGAAGAUUUUCAUUCGAUGAAGAAGAGACCAUAAUCCAACUACACAGCAUGCUGGGUAACAAGUGGUCAGCCAUUGCAGCUCGCUUGCCUGGUAGAACCGAUAAUGAAAUCAAGAAUUACUGGAACACCCAUGUCAGGAAAAGGCUCCUCCGAAUGGGAAUUGAUCCAGUGACGCACCGGCCGCGCAUCGAUCUCAAUCUCAACCUAUCCACCAUUUUGGGGAACCCAUCAUCAUCUCAAACUCAGAUCAAUCUCUCAAACCUUUUGGGUAUCCAGCAACCUGUGCAUCCUGAGCUCUUGAGGCUUGCUUCCACCCUCCUGUUAUUAGAACAGCAGAACCCAGAACUCCUGCAAAAGAUUCAAGAGAACCAAGCAUGCAAUAAUUCCCAAGUGCAGCUGAACCAAGUUCCUCCCUUGUUCCAAACCAAUGAGCAGUUCCAAAGCAGUACCAUACUCCAAGAAGCCAACCCAUUUUGCAGCUCCUCCAGUGCUCCAGAAAUUCCUUGUCCUCCAUUCCCAAACCAAAUUCAAGAAAAUUUGGUACCUCACUCCAAUAUAAGUGACAGUGGUCUUCAUAAUCAACCCUUGUUGUCAAAUGAUGGGUGCAUGUGUGGCUCUGAUCAAACCUUUUGUGAUUCAAACAGCAGCAACCAGAGCUUCAGCUUUGACCCAAUUCUCUCAACCCCAAGCCUGUCAAGCCCCACUCCCUUAAACUCAUCGUCCACGUUUGUCUAUGGCAGUGCUGAAGAUGAAAGAGAAAGCUAUUGCAGCCGCCUGCUCAAGUUCGAAAUUCCAGAAUCUUUGGCCAUUGAUGAGUACAUGUAAUUAAAUAACAGCUUAAUAUUGAAUAUAACUUUUUCAGAGGAUCAUCCAUGUAUUAUUUAGUUUUUGGUAUAGAUUUGCUGUUGGUGUUGAUAAUUAGCUUUUUCCUCCGGCUUUGAUUUUUUUUUUUUUGGUGCAAAGAUUGCAGCCUUUUGCAUCUUUUAUAUGGACGAUGUCUGCUUUGAAAUUAAUUUAUAAUGUUAAGAUUAGAGAAGAAUGAUUUUCU